AACAAGCGUGUUGAAUAAAAAAAUAAAAUAACUUUAUAUGACACCAUUUAUUGCUAAAUAAAGGCGUUCAUUUUUUUAUGGAUCUUGACGAAGAUUUUCAUACAGAAAAAGAGGUAGAUCCUGAUAAAGAUUGUGUAGAUGCAGACUUCUUAACGCUCAAUAAAGGUGAUACCUCAUUUACAUAUGGAAAUAUAAUGAAGUCUUAUUCUUAUGAUACAGCUAAAAAUCGAAAAUUUGCCAAUAUAAAUAAUUUGCCAAAAAAUCGAAAAUUGCCACAAAUUAAUCAAUCAAUUGAUGGAAGAUUUUUAAAUAAGGAAUUGGAUUAUAAAAAGAACAUAUCUAAAUUGAUAAUAAGUUAUAUAUAUGCAAACCGAUUAUAUUGUGUACUUGUCAUUUUAAUUAUAUUUGCCAUUUUACCAAUAAAUCUAUUCUCUAAAAAUGAUACCUUUCAACCAAAUAUAUCUUCAAAGUUUAUAUCUCAAUUUGAUAAAAAUAUAAAGGACUCCUCAACAUUUAAAAAUAUGAAUACUAGAGAAUUGCAAAUUAUUAAAUCAGCUAUUUUAUCAAAAAUAGAAAAAUCUGAACCUAAUUCACCAUCUAUUGUAAUUAUAGCUGAAACAUCUCCAGAUUUAAAAAUUAAAAAACCUAAUCUUGACCAACACCAUUCUACUAUUUUUAUGAAAAGCAGUAAUUACGAGACAAAAAAUUUAUUAUUAGCCAAAACAUUAGGAAAAAUUAUAUCUAACAUUUAUCAAGAAAAUAAUAACAAAAUUCAAGAAUUGGACAAAAUUAUCAAUCUAAAUACUUUGUUAUAUAAUUCCAAUAUUGAUGAACAAAAAUUGAAAAUUGUACAAAUGUUAACUAAAUAUAAAAAUGAAGAUGUUAAAGUAUUUAUUAUUAUUGGAUUAGAAAAUAUUUCAGGAAAAACUGCUUUAAUUUUUCAUUCAAUUUGUGAUCAGAAUGAUUCUCCUUUUAAAAGUGCUCAUUUUUUCUUUCCAAUUUAUAUUGAUAAAAACAUGACCAACCAAAAUUUUUUUAAUUUAUGUGGCAAAACCUUUGACAACAGUUGUUUAUUAGAAGCAUAUUUAACUGAUAAGUGGAGAAAAAGUAUAGGAAUAGAUAGAAUAGCAGCGUUAUUUAGCCGCAUAGGAAAUAAUAUUGUUAAUAUAUAAUUGUAUAAUAUGUAUAGUAAAAAUUUAUACUGAUUAAAAUCAAUAUAUUAUGAUCAGAUGAAGUAUGAAAAUUAAAUAUUUAUAAUGAUUCUGUGAAUCCAAAUUUAUCAUUUUUUUAUGAUCUAUAUUGGAUACUAGAUAUAAUUAAAAUA